AUGGCGCCCAAGAUCGAGGCCCAGGAGAUUGAGACCUACUGGAACAUCUUUUGCGACCGCACAGGUGGCGGCAAGUACCUCACCGGCGAGCAGGCAGCGCCCGUCCUCAAGAACUCGGGACUUCGAGAUGACCAACUGGAACGCAUUUGGGACCUGGCCGACGUGGACAACGAUGGCAACCUAGACUUUGAGGAGUUUUGCGUGGCGAUGCGCCUCAUCUUUGACGUGCUGAAUGGCGAGUACCAAGACGUCCCCAAGACUUUGCCUGACUGGCUGGUCCCCGAGUCCAAGGCUCAUCUUGUCCAGGCGACACGUGCCAUUAGUGGCAACCAACCCCAUUUCGAACAAGUUGAGGAUGAUGACGACGAGUCCGCUGGCCUCAAGGACGGCUUUGACUGGUAUAUGAAGCCUGAAGACAAGGCCAAGUAUGAGCAAAUCUACCAGGAGUCGCGUGAUAUGCGCGGUGAAGUGGACUUCCAUGCCCUCGGAGACUUGUAUGAGUCGCUUGACGUACCCGACACCGACAUUCGAUCCGCGUGGAACCUCGUCAACCCUUCGGCUAAAGAGACUAUCAAUAAGGAUGCCUGCCUUGCCUUCCUGCACAUUCUCAACAACCGCCACGACGGAUUCCGCAUCCCGCGCACGAUCCCGGCGUCGCUGCGCUCCAGCUUCGAGCGCAACCAGAUCGACUACCAGGUCGACAACCAACGAAACACGGGCGCCAACUCGCGAUGGGCGACCAAGGCUGACGACUCGACGAGCACGGGCCGCAAGACCAAGUUUGGCGAGCAGUACCUGACGCGUCUGGGCCGCAGCGGCUUCAAGACGGCCGGCACGGACUUUUCAACGGAGAAGACAGAGGACUGGGAGGAAGUGCGACUCAAGCGCAAGCUCGCGGAUCUCGAGGAGAAGAUGCGCAAGGUGGAGGAGAUUGCCGAGCGCAAAAAGGGCGGCGCGCGCGACUCCAAGCCCGCGCUCGUCAAGAAGGAGCUCGAUCAACUCCUCGACUACAAGCGCCGGGAGCUACGCGAACUCGAGGAGGGUACAGGCAAGAGUGCCGAGGGCUCCGGGCUCAAGAGCAUCUCGGAAGACCUGCAAACGGUUCGCGAGCAGGUCGAUGGUCUGGAGACGCAUCUAAGAUCAAGGGAGCAGGCGCUGGAUCAGAUACGGCAGGAGAUUGAGGCCGAAAAGGGUCGAUAG